GUACGGACGACGAGACGGCAGCGAUCACCCCGGCUAACCUUCAGCCUGCGAUCGACGCUCUAGUUGCUAAGAGGGAGGCUGGCAGGGCUUUCGUGAGGCCUAGUGGUACUGAGGACGCUGUGAGAAUCUACGCUGAGGCUAAAACUGAGAAGGACGCCAAUGAGUUAGCCUUUGAGGUGGCUAAGGCGGCUUAUGAGAUCGUCGGGGGCGCUGCAGGCAAGCCGAGUCCCUGUGCAGCUGAGUACGGUCUGUGA